AUGCAAGCCCAUUUUAUAGGUUUUUCCCUGCACUCAAAAUCGGGAACAAUUCACUGUGAGACGUGUUCCGUUGCAGUGAUUUCUACAAGCACCAAACUUGGAAGGACAAGCGUUUCCACUUCACUUAUGGUCUUGCCUGUCAGAAGUCUUGCAAAAAUCAACAACUUUUUCUUUUUCCUACCGAAGACAUAUGACACUUCCCAUAUCUCCAAAAAAUAUGUUCAUUCCUUUUCGACUUCACCUUUUCAUAUAUGUGUCGAGUCUGACCACUUCACGAGCAAUAGAUCUUCCGAUCAAGCAGAAGAAUGCGUAGACUUUCAUAGGAAGUCCGAUGUUGAUGUUAUCAUUUCUAAAGUUUGUGCGGCAAAUACAGAGGACGAAGUUUUCAAGUCUCUGGUGCAUGAUUCUGCAUGUAAUACAAUAAAGAUCACUCAUGGCUUUGUUGAUAGGUUACUUCAUCGGUUCAAAGACGAUUGGAAGUCUGCGUUGGGUGUUUUUAGAUGGGCUGAAGCAUGUCCUCACUAUAAACCCUCACCAGAUUUGUAUGAUAGAUUGGUGGACAUAUUGGGAAAAAUGAAGCAAAUGGAAAAGGUGAAUGCACUAGUGGAGGAAAUGCGUGAGAGCAAUAUCGUCUCACUUAAUACCAUAGCAAAGAUAAUGAGGAGAUUUGCUGGUGCGGGGGAUUGGAAAGAUGCUGUAAGGAUAUUUGACGAGUUGGGAAAAUUUGGAUUGGGAAAGAAUACAGAAUCUAUGAACUUGUUACUUGACACCCUUUGCAAAGAACAUAAAGUGGAGCAAGCACGCAUGAUAUUCUUGGAGCUGAAGUCACAUAUUCCACCAAAUGCAAACACUUUCAACAUUUUUAUACAUGGCUGGUGCAAAAUAAAGAGGGUCGAGGAGGCACAUUGGACAAUUCAAGAGAUGAAAGGACGUGGUUGUCGCCCAUGUGUCAUAAGCUACUCGACCAUCAUUCAAUUCUAUUGCAACCAAUACAACUUCCAUAGGGUUUAUGAGCUUCUUGAUGAAAUGAAAACUCAAGGAUGUCCCCCUAAUGUGGUUACUUUCACAACUAUUAUGCAUUCCUUGACCAAGUCGGGAGAGUUUGAGGAAGCUUUGCAAAUAUCUGAAAGAAUGAAAUCAGUUGGUUGUAAACCCGAUACACUGUUUUACAAUGCCUUGAUUCAUUCUUUAGGCCGGGCUGGUCGCAUGAAAGAGGCUAUUCGUGUUUUUAUGGAGGAAAUGCCUAAGAAUCAAACGAGCCCGAAUACAUCAACUUAUAAUUCAAUGAUUGCUAUGUUUUGUCAUCAUAGACAAGAACAAAAAGCACUGCAGUAUCUCAAGAAUUUAGAAAAUGCGUCGUGUUGUAAACCUGAUGUUCAGUCGUAUUAUCCACUGUUAAAGCUGUAUUUUGGAGCUGGGAAGACGGAAAAUGAAAUCCUCUUGAACAUGGAGGGUGCUGGUUCUGGAAUUUAG